AUGCGGAGCAUGGCAGUGAUAUGUGUCAGAUACGUGUCAAUCUCCAGAGACACAUGUUUCUGGGAUUGCACGGUUCUGUUUUUGGAUUGUGCCCAUAACGACCUUUGCGUUGUAACUGCAAAGUGGGCUUAUCGUGAUCGCGGUGAAGUGGGGUUAUUGCUGUCGCAGUCAGAUCAACGAUUAAAUCUUGAUGAUUUGGCCGGUAAGUGGGAAUCCUUAUUGUAUAUAGUGAAAGCUGGAGCUCACUGA